CGAGAACCCUUCCGGUCCCGACCUGACAACUUCCGCCCGUGACCACAAGCGGCUUGCGUAGUGACCCGGGAAACUGUUGGACGCGGAGAAUAGAGGCACUGGAAGGACGCAGAGGAGAUGGCCGAGGCCGUCCUGACCCCCUGUCCGUACAGGUGUAUCGAAUGUAACCAGGGGGCCAGCGAGCUAUAUCGAGACUACAACCACGGCGUGCUGAAGCUCACCGUCUGCAAAUCCUGCCAGAAACUUGUGGACAAAUAUAUUGAGUAUGAUCCUGUUAUUAUCUUGAUUAAUGCUAUUCUGUGUAAAGCUCAGGUCUACAGGCAUAUUCUUUUCAAUACUAAAAUAAACAUCCAUGGAAAACUCUGCAUUUUUUGUUUGCUUUGCGAAGCAUACCUGAGGUGGUGGCAGCUUCAGGACUCAAAUCAAAACACUGCUCCAGACGACUUGAUUAGAUAUGCCAAGGAGUGGGAUUUUUACAGAAUGUUUGCAAUUGCUUCUCUAGAACAAAGUGCCUUUUUAAUUGGCAUUUUUACUUUUCUGUGGGUAGAACGACACACAACAGUAAAAACAAGGCCCAACUUCGUCUUGCUACUGAAGGCAUUAUUGUUAUCAAGCUAUGGGAAGCUCCUCCUGAUCCCAGCUGUCAUCUGGGAGCAUGACUACACACCUCUAUGCCUCAGGCUUAUCAAAAUGUUUGUCCUGACCUCAAACUUCCAAGCAAUCAGAGUGACGCUAAACAUUAACCGCAUGCUGUCCUUGUUGGCUGUCCUGAGUGGCUUACUGCUUGAAAGCGGCAUGGUCUACUUCUUCCAGAGGAUGGAGUGGGACAUUGGCAGCGACUGCGCCUUCUAUAGGGAUCAGGACUUCUGAAGGAGGUACCAGAGCACCCAGGUCCAUGUGCUCAGACAUGCUUCCUUCUCAGCUUAGACAGGAGGCAGUGGAAAUAAGUGUGUGCCUCUGAGAAGCCGAUCCCCUUGUGUCUCAUUGCUUUGAGAACUGGGUUGGGUGGUUCCCAGAUUCUUUGCUUUAGUUCUAUUGGUUAUUCUGAGUGACAGCAGCAUCCCCAUUUUUAUUGCUUCAAAGGUCCUGUCCCCAAUCUAACGCUUCCACACCAGCCCUCCUCUAAUGAAAUCUCACUCUGACACUCAUCCACUAAUUCAUCUCCUACCCUUUCCAGCAAUUCUGCUCCCUUCUUCCCGCCACCCCUGCUUGCCCCCACCACCACCUUGGUACCAGGGAUCGAACUUGCAACCUUGCAUUUGCGAGGCAGGCACUGUGCCACUGAGCUAAAUCCCCAGCCCUUCAACCUUCCUUUUUGCUGCCUGCCUUACCUAUACUACCCUAGACCUUUAACUUUCUUCUGCUUCUGACCAGCUUUGCCUCUCUUUGAGCCACACUUGGAACCUGUAAACAGCUAUUCAGCUGUUCUGUUAAACCCUUGAAACCCACCAGCUUCUUGCUGUCCAUCACAUAGUUACAGUGCCCAAGUUGUUGGAGCAGCACCUCUGCCAGGGACAGGCCCUCAGUGGGCCUCUGGCUGCUGCUCUCCAUCACUGUAGGGACCACCCCCCACCAGGGUCUGUGCUCCUUAUUACCAUGCCGCCUCCUGUGACUCCCCCUCCUCCUCCUGCCUACCGGGGUGCUCACUGCCUCACUGCGGCUCUUUCCGACCUUGGGGUUCUCCUCCCUCCAUGCAAGGAUGCAAGAUCCUAUGGUUGAUCACAGCACAGAAGGGUGGGGACAGGGGGGAUAUGCUGUGUCCAUGCCCCUCCUCAGGGACAGCAGAGUCACUGUGGCUCCCAGCUACUUGUACUUUCCUGUGGUGCCACACUAUAUUCCUAUCACCUCCAUCUCCCUUUGUGCCACUUUGCUCUCUUCGGGUCUUCAGAGACACACCUGCCCUGCUUAUCCUUUCCCUCCACUGGGCCCUGCCCAUGGCCAGUGCCCACACCUUGCUCUUUAUUCUGGGCACUUUGCUCCAUUUCUUCACUUUUUUCUAUACAUUGUGCUUCCUCCCAGAGUGUCCCGAGUCUGCAUUUCUAAAACUCAGAGGAAAGCCAGUUGCCAGCUGCUCUCAGGCUUCCAACCCUCCCUAUGCUCUGCCAAAACAAGCCACCCAUCCCCUUCAAUGUGGUUUUGUCCUGCCUGUGCUGGUACUCUGUUCUUGGCCUUGCUACUCUCCUGUGUACCCUGCUGUGCACACCCUCCCAGACCUCAGACCUCCACCUGCUUUGACCAGGCUGCUGGCCUGUCCACUGCCCCUGCAGGAACCCAGGGGCUCCUACCAGAGGUCAGCAGGCCUAAAACUGAGCUCAGUGUUACUGCUGUCCCCUAAGUAGUCUUUGCUGAUAGCCUCCCUUCAAGAUGUCCCUCACCUCUUUCCCUCAGGCUGCAGCCCACACUCCUGUCUCCUGCCUCCUGCCUGAGGAUAUAGAAUCCCCUACCUGCCAUCACUCGAAACUGGUUAACAGUCAUAUCCUCAAGAAGUACCCCAGUCACUUCUCACUGCUGCCUUGGGCAUUUCCAGCCUUUACUUUUCUCCAAGGCUCUGUGGCCCUCACUGCUCCCCUCUGCUCACGACCUGCCUCCUCUCCAGAAUGCCCAGGAGCCCCUUCGCCAUGAAAGGGUUCCUUCCUACCCUGUGCUGUGCCGUGUCCAGUACUCUAGCUACCUCUGUCUAGGCAACAGUGUGGUGGCUAUGGCCCCAGCACCAUCCUAGACUAUCCAGGCUGGCCAUUUCAUUUCAUUUUCUUCCUUAACUGCUUCUGCUUGUUGGCUGUCAAUUAUAAUCUAGUUAGGGAAAUAAGCUCAUGUUAAGCACUUCAAACCCAUUGUCCUGCUUUAUGUUAACUCGUCUUUUAUACUUGCCUGUAUCAUUAAAACUGUCCAAGGCGUGGUGGCACGUGCCUGUAAUUCUCACACCCGGGAGACUAUGGCAGGAGGAUCACGAGUUUGGGG